CGGGGCCCCAGAAUUAUUAAAUCCGCCUCUGGUUGGGUAAAUGGGAGAAUAUAAUCUGGAGAAUAAAUCUUGUGCAUUCUGGAUUUUCUGGCAGGUCUUGAUCCUCACCCCUCUCAGGCUGUUUGUCCGUCACGAAGAGCUCACAAGACAAACCAGAGACACGUGUAACUGAAACUCAAUGGCAUGCAGAUGCGUUCAGCGUGAAUCUGUAUGCAAAGCGCCGAUGUGAUUCCUAUCAUGCAGGGGCUGGAUGACAUAUCCAUCAUUUUCAUGUGAGGCGGAGGAUAUGAAAAAACACGGGCUGUGGUACACGGAUGAAUUCCCUCCCAUUCCUUCGCGCAUGUGUUUGUUAUGCUUAUUGAUGAUAUGUAAAUGUGUCCCGAAGAAACCGGAUCGCUCAAUCACCGGAGUUCCAAUCCCAGGCACAAUCCGUGCCUGGUUUUGCUCCUCUUGCCCAUCUACAGCAACACGCUCACGCGCACGCACACCUUACUCCGACUCUCGCAGCUCUCCAGCUUUGCUGUGCCAGCAGACGUUCGUCCUCCGAUCCCAAUCCUAGCUAUUUUCACAUUUGCGCACGGAGGCUGCAAAGUGAGGAGCACCAAAAGGAGCGGUCUCCCUCUCUCCUGCCCAAUGACAGAGGCUGAGUUGUGAACGGAUAGUGGUGGUUUUUUUUUCUCUCUUACGGUGCGAAAGCAGCCGCUGUAGUGAGAAAGGCAGCAGUUCAUCCAAAACACCUGUGAUGCGUUGUUCUGAGCAACGAAGACGCACGAGCGGGAUGGCCACGGCGCGGCACGAGGAUAUGUGCUGAGGAUCUCUUGGAGGGCAGAUAGAAGGCGUAAAAGUGAAACAGAAGACUCUCUCUGGAUCGUCUAAAGCCCAACCUGCGGCUGUUUCGCCUCUACCCUUCUGCGUUUUGAAACUUGAGUGAUUAAAAAGCACGAAGAUGCCCUUACCUUCGGGCCGCUUUGUCCGCUGUCGGUUCGGCGCUGCUUCGCUCCUUCUCGGGCUCUGGUUCCUGUUCGCUGGCCUCACCUUCAUCGGUGGUUCAGAGCACACCGCCACUGCAGCGAUUCCUGUCGCAUUCUCAGACCUGUUACCUCGCUUCCUGGUGGAGCCGGAGGACGAGUACAUCGUGAAGAACAAGCCAGUCACGCUGACCUGCCGCUCGACCCCGGCCACACAGAUCUACUUCAAAUGCAACGGCGAGUGGGUUCACCAAGACGACCACUUGAUCGAGCGAGAUGUGGACCCAGCCACAGCGCUGCAAGUCAUGCAGGUGACAAUUGAAAUCACCAGACAGCAGGUGGAGAAGAUCUUCGGCCUGGAUGAGUACUGGUGCCAGUGUGUUGCCUGGAGCACCACUGGAACCCAAAAGAGCCAGAAAGCAUACAUCAGGAUUGCUUACCUGAGGAAGAACUUUGAGGAGGAGCCGCAGGGUAAAGAGGUGGCAUUGGAUCAGGAGGUGCUGCUGCGCUGCCACCCCCCUGAGGGAGUGCCACAAGCCGAGGUGGAGUGGCAGAGAAACGAGGACUUGAUCGACCCAGUCAGCGAUACCAAUUAUUUCAUCUCAGCAGACCACAAUCUCCUCAUCAAAAAAGCUCGCCUCGCUGACACAGGAAACUACACGUGCGUGGCUAAAAACAUCGUCGCUCGCCGCAAAAGCAACUCGGCCACUGUCCUGGUCUACGUCAACGGCGGCUGGUCCACAUGGACCACCUGGUCAUCCUGCAGUGCUGUGUGUGGGCGUGGCUGGCAGAAGAGGAGCCGGAGCUGCACCAACCCCACGCCGCUGAACGGAGGCACAUCCUGCGAGGGGCAGAACGUCCAGAAAAGUGCCUGUGUGGCCACCUGUCCAGUGGAUGGAGGCUGGAGCGAGUGGAGCAAGUGGUCAGCAUGCGGUGCAGAUUGUUCAAUGUGGAGGAGCAGGGAGUGCACCCAGCCCUCACCUGGCACCGGGGGCAAGGACUGCCAGGGACUCGACCUCCAGUCUAUAAACUGCACCAGUGAGCAGUGCCCACAGACCGUGAACGGGGCGGAGGAUGUGGCGCUCUAUGUGGGCAUGGUGGCAGUGGCCUUGUGUCUGACUUUGCUGCUCAUCGUCGUCAUUCUGGUCUACCGGCGCAAGAAGGAGGGCCUAGAUGCUGAUGUGGCAGAUUCUUCCAUCCUCACCACUGGCUUUCAGCCCAUGGGCAUCAAGCCCAGCAAGCCAGGUGUGUGGGCACCACGGCCACGCAGGCCUCCCCACAGCAAGAACUCCCAUUUGCUCACCAUCCAGCCUGAUCUGACAACUACCACCACCAGUUACCAAGGCACCCUGCGCUCUCGCCAUGAUGCUGCUGGGAAGUUUUCAAUGACCAACGGGCCCCUGCUGGACCCGCUUCCCAAUGGUUCACACACUCUGCACAAUGGCAAGCUAAAUUCAGACCCUGCUGAGUUUGUAAGCAGGCUGUCCACCCAGACCUACUUUAAAACACUCCCUCGUGAUGUGGCCAACACCACCUAUGGGACCUUCAACUUCCUGGGUGGGAGACUCACUAUACCCAACACAGGAAUCAGUCUGCUCAUUCCUCCCGAGGCCAUCCCCAGAGGAAAGAUCUAUGAGAUUUAUCUCACAGUUCAGAGAAGAGAAGAUUUAAGGUUACCCCUGGCCGGCUGCCAGACCCUCCUGAGCCCCAUAGUGAGUUGUGGCCCACCGGGGGUAGUCCUGAGCCGGCCAGUUAUCCUCAGCAUGGACCACUGCUUUGACGCAUGUCUCGAUAACUGGGCUGUCCGCCUCAAGAAGCAGAACUACGAGGGCGCCUGGGAGGACGUCCUGUUAAUGGGAGAGGAGCUAGUGACAGAGCCUUAUUACUGCCAACUUGAGGCCGAGACGUGUCGGCUGUUCUCAGAGCAGCUCGGUGCAUUUGCCCUGGUUGGAGAGUCGCUGCACAUGGGUGCAUCCAAACGCCUCCGACUGGUGCUGUUCUCGGAUGCGUACUGCUCCACGCUGGAGUACAACAUCAGAGUAUACUGCAUGGAUGACAUUCAGGAUGUCUUCAAGGAGGUGAUGCAGAUGGAGCAGCAGCUCGGGGGUCGACUGAUUGACGAGCCUCACGUCCUGCUUUUCAAAGACAGCUACCACAACCUGCGCCUGUCCAUCCAUGACAUGCCCCAGGCGCACUGGAGGAGCAAGCUGCUGGCCGGGUACCAGGAGAUCCCGUUCUACCACAUCUGGAAUGGCUCUCAGCGGUACCUGCACUGCACAUUCACUCUGGAGCGGCUAAGCCUCAGCACCUGCGAUCUCACCUGCCAGCUGUGCGUGUGGCAGGUGGAGGGGGAGGGCCAGAGCUUUGCCCUCAACUUUAACAUUGCCAAGGACACUCGAGCUGUUGACUCUGAGUUUCUAUUAAUGGACAGUAACGCCACAGCUCUGGCAGGACCAAGCGCCUUUCAGAUCCCAUACCUCAUAAGGCAGAAGAUCUGCAGCAGCCUGGACGCCCCUUGUCCCAACGGAGCCGACUGGAGAAUGCUGGCACAGAGACUCAAACUGGAGAGACACAUGAGUUUCUUUGCAUCCAAAGUGAGCCCAACCUCUGUGAUCCUGGACCUGUGGGAGACGCAACAUUUCCAUAGUGGCAACAUCAACCAGCUGGCUGCCGUCAUGGCCGACAUUGGCAAGCAAGAAGCCAUGAUUUUCCUGGUCUCCGAUGGCGACUGCUAACCCAGGACACAACAAACAUACACUGGCAAAACUACAACAGAAACAAAAGCGCUGUCCCAAUGUCCUGUUUUUUUUUUAUUAUUAAUUUUUUAAUUUUUUUAUUAGUCUUAUAUGAAUGUUCGAUCUAAAACAGAGUCCCUUUAUCCCUCAAACGGUUGAAAUCUUCUGCAGAGAUGGCAGAAUUAGGUUUUUUGGGGGAAAAACAAGAAACACAACUCUAUAUUUUCCAUCGAAGACUCAUCCACUCAACUAAAAAUCCACCUUAGUUUUCCUCAUGGCUGUAAAGAAGAAAUAUGCAAAUGUGACGUUUUAACUUGAUUCCUAUAAUCAGUCUGAAAUUUCUAAAUCUUGCUUUAAAGCAAACCGUGUCAGUCGUUUUCAGUAAAAGAGGAGAAAAAAAGUGAAAUAUGCAAUUUGCAGGUAAACGUGACAUUAUCUCCAACACAUUCUCAUGAACCCAACCGCACGUUUGUCAUUUGUGUAAAUAAAUGAUCUGUUGAACAUGUAGCACAUUCUGUAGGUGUAGAUUUAAAACUAAUUAUAACUCAUCUCAGCUUUGAGAAGGGAGAAGAUCCGGCUGUGUUUUCACUUUAGUUCCUCUCAGGCUUCGUGGUGUUCUUCUGUUCGACAUUUUACAGCUAAUGAAGGAGCCACAGCGCCAACGGGCGUUUCUGUGUGGACACUGAAUGUUAUUCAAACUCAUUUCUUAAAAUUACUUUUUCCCCCAUUUCCUGUUUCAUUAAUAUUCCAACAGGGCCAAAAAGAGAGGGAGGCUAUUACAUGAAUAAUGUAAAAGCCCAAAACAAAUUCUUCAAAAUUUUUGUCAUGUUGAAAGUAAGGAUGCUCCGGUCGAGUUUAUUGCUGCCAAUCACCAAAAACGUUCACGCGGAUCGACCAUAAAUUUGCUACGUAGUUGUAAUGAGAAGGGUGACCAGAUCCCAACUCGUCAAAUGUGGGACAGAGACCACUUAAUGUGGGACAACGUGCAAUUCCAAUGCAAUGUAAAUAAGUAAAAAAAAUCUUUAUGCCUAUUAGCUCUAACAUCACUGUCACUCUAAUUAUUAUCAUCACACAUUUCAUGUAGCCUGCUGUAUAUUCUGUUUGAAUUCAGUUUGAACAAGCAAACAGCAAAAGCUUUCAGACCAUUUCUCAGUUCCUCUCCAGCCACCACAGCUUAGCUCAGGCCGUUUGGACCUUCUACAGUGGCUCUGAAUAAUUUUAGCUAAAAUUAUUUUAAACCAUCAACUGAUCAUCAAGGCUCACAAAAAAAAGCAAGUUUAAGCAGCUUUUCGUUAAAUAUUUUCCACAACAGAAUGACAGUAAAAGUACCAGCAACUUUUUUUAGAUCUAUUUGUUUAUUUUAAAUUAAUUUUCCACUAAAAUAAAAAAUAUAUACAUAUAUCCAUACUUUGUUUGCCUUUUUUUCUUCUUUUUAGAAACAAAAUUGUUUUUCAAAACUGACAAAAAAUCUCUUAUUUGAUAUUUAGGGAAGAAGGGACAAAAGCAUCACUGGUCUAUGAAAAACACCUGAUCUGAUCUAAUAAAUAGAGUUCCUUAGAGUUACUAUUUUCAACAAAAUUGUGAGAAAAAGUAAUAAUGGCAUCAGUUUUAUUCCCUCAUUAUUUCUUUGGGCUUUAAAAGGAGUUUAGCUUGUACGCAUCGAAAACAACACAACCACAGCACCUUGACUGUUACAACCUGCUGUGGGUUUUAGCAUGAACUUGUCCAAUUACUGGGAAACCUGCUUUUGACCAGCAUAUUUUGUGUGACUCAGACUUUGUGCUCCAUUUCAUAUCGGACUCCACACCGUGACACAAAAAAGUUGACUCUGAGGAACAUGACUGACUCUAAUCAGACACGUUUAACCCACGAGUAUUUAUUCUGACAGCGUUUUCUCCAUCACACACAUCUAUCCACCGUGCUCACUGACGCUUCUGCUUUUAAAGGCUUGGGUGCACACUCCAUGCACUCCAGACCUGCGUUAAAGACCCGCCUCCUGGUUUGACAGCAACGGGCAGCAUUCUACACACACGUUCAUGCAAAUUUGCUGGGCAUAAGUCUCAAUUUACGGGACGUGUGAAAAGUAGUGAAAAUGCGGCACUGUCCCGCACAAAGCGGGACGUCUGGUCACCCUGAUAAUACAGACUACACGACUACAUGAUCACCCUAAUUUAGACAAAAGCUUUCAUUUUUUUAUUUUUCAAGAGAAAAAAACAGACUUGCAGCAUGAUCAGUGUGUUUGUUUCUGACCACAACUCCUAUGCCUCCUCCUCACAACCCGAGUUUUAGAACUGGAAGAGCCUCUAGAAUGAGAGGAAACAUCAAGAUAACCAUAAAAGCCAAGCCGUUUGAAAUUAAAACUCUCAAGAUGAUCAAGUCCAGAACAACUGAGAAUCUACACCAAUGUGCAGCACAAAGCAGCAACAAUUCAGUCCAAAGGAAAACUCCAACACUUAAAUGUAGCUGCUGUCAGUGACAAUCUAAAAGAUUUAAAACAUUAGAAGCUCUGAACAGUCUAAAUCAGGGGUCACCACCCUGGUGCCCUUGGGCACGAAGGGUCCCCAAGGUGCCCUCAGUUCUGUUAUAAAAGGAGCACAAUUCACAACUCAGAUCUAAAAUAUUAUUUUUUAAUCACACUUUCUGUGAUUAAAAACAUGGCAGCAGAGUUGGCUUACAUACAGGUGCUGGUGAUGAAAUUAGAAUGUCAAUAUAAGUUGAUUUAUUUCAGUAAUUCCAUUCAAAAAGUAAUUCGUAUAUUAGGUUCAUUCAUUACACACAAACUGGUGUAAUUCAAGUGUUUAUUUCUUUAAUUUUUGAUGAUUUUAACAGACAACUAAUGAAAAUCCCAAAUUCAGUAUGUCAGAUUAUUACAAUACUGUAAAAAAGUUCAAUAUUGAAGACCCUUGGUGCCACGCUCUGAUCAGCUAAGGAACUCAUAACACCUGCAAAAGCCUUUAAAUGGUCUCUCAGUCUAGUUUUGUAGGCCAGUGUUUCCCAACCUUUUGUGACUUGUGUACCCCAUUAGUCAAAAGUACGACGUACAACUGGAGUCCCACAGGCUUUUUGGCCUGGCUGCCCCAGAUUUUCUAAAACAAUAAUCCCCAGACUGAUAUAAUUUUUUUCACUUUAUUGAUAAUCACAAUAAUGUUUAUAAUUUAUUGAUGCAGAUCUGUGCAUCAUUCUGUAGAUUUCACAAAAGAAAUUUAUGAUUUUCUUCCCUUAACAGAAUUGACUCUUAGGGAGCAUACAGAGUAUUCUACACAAUAGUUAAAUAGAAAUAAAGAAAUGUGUUUGUUUAAUUUCUUAUUUGAGUUAUCAGACCUUCAUUAGUGUCGUUAAAUGUAUAUUUUGGCAAACGUCCACCUACUUAAAUGUAGUCAUGCUUUUCCACAGACUGCAGUGUUAGCCUACAGGCCAAAUAUAAAUAAUCCACUUCUGCUCUUGAGCAUCAGCAGUGAUACUCAUAAACAUUUAGAUGGGCCUAAACUGUUCUGCUGUUGGGUUAAAAAGCAGGAAUGUGACUCGUUAGAAGGAACCAGGAAACAGAGAAAAUAAUCCUGACACCCUAACUUUAUAACAUUUGUUUUAAACCUGUUCAUGUUAAACCUGUAAAAAAACAUCAUUUCUUUCAUUUAUCUGCCCAAAAUCAUGACUUUUUCAGGAAACACACCGAUAAGAAACGUGUUAAUAUUACGGAUAUAUUUAAAAGUAGCAACGUUGUCGCUUGUAGUAGCGUCAAUGUGCAGCCGAGCGCUGUGUGUUCUCACGGCAGGGAAGCGCUCAGCCGAACUGAGUGAAAUUGGCUUCCGACCCACAUCAGAAAUCCAUGUAAAGAGAGUGGUUUGUGCUUUCUGAUGUGGGUGGGAGCGAACUUCACUCAGCUGCUGAGGCUGGUUAGUGAGACAGGCAGAAAUGUGCAUCUUGAGCAUAGUUUUCCUCUAGUGUCGGCUCAUUAACAAAAACUCCGUCAUCUCAUCAUGUUUUAGUCACGAAAGAGCUACUUUUAGCUUGUCAGCAUCUUGUUUUCCUUAUGGAAAAAGUGGUGUCAACAAAAUCAAUUCCUCAUCAUUUUCAUUCAUGAAAACAACACUGCUCUGGAGCCAGGCCUGGAGGUGGGGCAUGUCGGCAAGAAACUCAUGGCAGGAUUUUUUUCCUAUAGUCUUGCCGAGCACAGCCCAAAAAGGAAGCAUGGGUUCCCCCAUCCAAGAGCUCACUACUCGUGGGGGGUGACAGUCUGAUCCUUGCUACAGAAGCUGGCUCUCGGCACAUGGAAUGUCAUCUCUCUGGUAGAGACGGAGCCUGAGGUGGUGUGCAAGGUUGAGAGAUUCUGACUCUGUACAGUCGGACUCACCUUGACGCAUGCCUCGAGCUCCAGAAUCAGUUUCCUUGGGACACACUACCACUCUGGAGUUACCCCAACUGAGAGGCUCUGAGCAGGGUUGGGCAUGCUAGUUGCCCCCCCCCCCAAGAUUGGUGCCUGUACGUUGGGGUUUGCCCCAGUGAACGAGAAGCCUCCCUCCGCCUACGUGUGGGGGAAUAGGUCCUGGCUGUGGUUUUUGCUCAUGCACCAAACUACGGUUCAGACUACCCACCCCUUUUGGAGUCCUUGGAGGAGGUGCUGGAGAUCGCUCCUUCCUGUGACUGCCUCGUCUGAGUGGGUCAUGUUCUGUGCUUCUGUUGUUGAGGCGGCUGACUGAAGCUGCGGCCGCAGGGUCUUCGGUGCCUGUCAUGCUAGCAAUCCCUUAACCCGCUGGUGGACACCAAUGGUUAGGAAUGCUGUCAAGUUGAAGAAAGACUCCUAUCGGAUUUUUUUGACCUGUGGGACUCCAGAGGCAGUUGAUGACUUAGUAAGGCUCAGGUGGUCGUAAAGGCAAAAUCCCGGGCGUGGGAGGUAUUUGGUGAGACUAUGGAGCUACCAACACUGUUUAUAGUGGGUACGGUGUGCUACUGGCCUCUUCUCAGGACAUUGUGGAUCGAUGGGCAGAGUACUCAAUCCCACCGGCAUAUCUUCCAGUGAGGAAGACCACGGACUAUCUCUGGUGCUGAGGUAACUGAAGUGGUCAAAAGCUCCUUCGUGGCAAGGCUGCAGGGGUGGAUGAGAUCUGCCCAGAGUUUCUUGAGGCUCUGGAUGUUGUAGGGUUGUGUUGGCUGACGUGGCACUGCAUUAUCAUGUCAGGAAGUGUUCCAGAGGAGAGGCACAUAAGUGGAAUUGCUUGAGGUUCGGUGUAAAGUUUCCUCAGUCAGUGUUAGUUUUAGGGUGCCAUGUCAUCUGCUGGUGUUGGUCCAUUGUGUUUUCUGAGGUCCGAGGUCAACGCAGCCAUCUACCAGGAAGUUUUAUAGCACUUCAUGCUUCCUGCUGCUGACCGACAUUAUGGAAGCAGAUUUCAUUUUCCAACAGGACAUGGCACCUGCACACAGUGCCAAAGUCACCAAUACCUGGUUUAAGGACCAUGGUAUCCCUGCUCUUGAUUGGCAAGCAAACUCGCCUGAAAUUCUAUGGAGUAUUGUGAAGAGGAAGAUGCAAUAUGCCAGAACCAACAAUUCAGAAGAGCUGACGGCCACUAUCAGAGCACCAUGGCCUCUUCUAACACCUGAGCAGUGCCACAGGCUGAUCGACUCCAUGCCACUCCGCAUUGCUGCAGUAAUCCAGGCCAAAGGAGUCCCGAUUAAAUAUUGAGUGCUUUACAUGCUUUUCGUGAUCGUACUUUACAGUUGGCCAAUAUUUCUAAAAUUUCGUCUUUUGCAUUGUUCUUAAUUGAUAUUCUAAUAUUCUGAGAUAUUGAUUUUGGGACUUUUAUUAGUAUCAGUUAAAAUCGUCCACAAGAAAUAAACAUUUAAAAUAUAUCAGUCCGUGUUUUAUGAAUUACUCAAAUAUACAAGUUUCACUUUUUGAAUGGAAUUACUGAAAUAAAUCGACUUUGUUCAAGAUGUUGUAAUUUUAUGACCAGCACCGGUAAUUGUGGGAACUACAGAAGAACAAAACUAAGAAGCAUACAUUUGUGAGCAGCAGAAUGAUUUGGUGCCAAGAACGAGUUCCAAAGAUGCUUCUUUUGCUUUAAGGAUACCAGUGGAGAAGAGCAGAAGGUCAGAGUACUCAGAGAAGAGCUGUUUUGCAUGAGGAGGUCUCAAGAGCAGAGAAGUAUGUUAAAGUGGUGCAAAGCAUGCAUCAGAGCUGUGAGACAGCAGAGAGGUAUGCUGUAGAAGUGAUGAAGAAAUCCCAGGUGGAGGUGGAAGUGAAUCAUGGAUCAGCUCUAAGCCCCUUCUUGUUUGCUUUGAUGAUGGACAGGCUGGCAGAUGAUGUUAGACAGGAGUCUCCAUGGACUAUGAUGUUUGCAGAUACAGUGAUCUGACGUGAGAGCAGGGUGCAGGCAGAUGACAAGCCAGAGAGUAGGGCUGGGCAAUAAAUUGAAAAAUGAUCGUUAUCGAAAUUUCUGACUCUUAUCGUGAUAAUUUUUUCUAUGCCAGUAAAUUUGAUAAUAAAAAAAAACGAAAAGAUGUUUGUAGGUUGGCGACGACAGCCCCAUCUAGUGGACAACUUUUGUUUGCGCAUACCUGUAGUUAUCGUCCAUUUAUCGUUAUCAAGGUGAAAUCCUCAAUAUAUCGUGAUAUUUAUUUUAGGCCAUAUCGCCCAGCCCUACCUAGAUAUAUGUACUGGAUAAGAAAAGAAUGAAGAUUAGUCAUAAGACAUAAUCCACGUGUGUAAAUGAGAAGGAAACAAGUGGAACGGAGAUGUUACAGGAAGUAGAAGUAAAUAAGUUGGAGGACUUCAAGUACUUGGGGAGUACAGUUUAAAAGCAGGGGAGGGAGCACGUGCAGCAGGUUGGAAUCAGUAAAGAAAAGUGCCAGGUGUUAUUAAAGGGUUUCAGCUGUGGAAGACAGAAAAGCCAUGUGUGUAGAGACCGUGUCUAUGAAGAGAAGACAGGACAAUUGGAGGUUGCAGAGCUAAAGAUGUUCAGGUUUUGCAGUGAUGAGGAUGGAAAGGAUCAGGAACUACUUAUGUUAGGUGACAAAGUCAGAAUUUCUUUAUCUCAGUUGCACUGAUUUGGAAAUGAAAUGGUUAAAUGAGCCUUAAUAAAUAUUACUUAUAAACAUGAAGUUUAGACCUAUUCUAGUUCAAAGGUUAGUAUUGUGCGCAUGACAAAACUUCAUAUGGCACUAUAAUCAUUAAGUGGUUCCUAACUCCACAAAGGGUGGUGACCCCUGGUCUAAAUAGUACAGAAAAGCAAAAGUAAAUCUUAUAACUUUGUGUGUUGUGAGGCUUAUUUUGGUUGUUAUCAUUAUUAAUAUUAUUAUUAGAUGUAUUUAUUUAGUGCCCAUAGUGGAUCCUAUGGGCGGAACCCGGUGUCAUCCACCACAGCAGGGGUCGGCAACCUUUUCCCAUCAAAGAGCCACUAUUAUCUGUUCCCCACAGUAAAGAAAACACUGGGAGCCACAGCAGCAAUGGCAUUGUGGGUCGGCCUACCGGGCCUGGGCCCACGCAUUUGCACUUGGGUCCACCUUAAGAAAGCUGAGGGUUGCUUCAACUGAUCACAACAGGUGACAGCAACCAAUACCGAUAGCUCUUGUACGUCAAAGUUAUCUUUCAACAGAAGAUAGUUAAUGAAACAAUUUGUAUAAAAUUGACCCAAAAGUUGUAGCCUGACUGUGCCUACAAUAUUUUGAUGUUUUUCACCCUGUCACUGGUCUUAAUAGUUGAGCAGGUGCCGUUUUAGACGUGUCACACGUGUACUUUAAAAACAGGUUUAAACUGUUCCGAAUACAAAUCGAGGCUUGUUGUCUCGUUGGAUUGUUGUAAUUAAACUUUGUACUGAACAAAACUUUACAUUAAUCAAUGUCGAAAAGGUAAGAAAAUUAUCCGAUCAAUUCGUUUUUUCCUUUAUUUGCAGAAAAUGGCGUAGAGCGCACGGCUCUGGUGUUAGUCAAGUUUACUUGUUUCUCUUUGCAACAAUCUUCACAACAAGGCAAAACAGUUAAAUGUUGCGGUUCGCCUUGACCGGAAAUUUCCCGUAUUUGACCAUUUAUUUUGACUAAGAAACCUCAAGGCUGCAGAUUCGCUGACAUGUUAACCGUGACGCACAUCGCGGAGGUAGCUAAAUCAAUCAAGAAAAGAUUCCCAUUAGAGCCGCACCAGAUGGACGAAAGAGCCACAUGCGGCUCCGGAGCCGCGGGUUGCCGACCCCUGCACCACAGAGACAGCCUGCUCUUCUAGCACCAUGACUUUGAUUAUUUUUCCAGUUAGUUGCUCAGCCUCACCCUCAGAAGAGGGUCACGCUCAUACAGACGAUGUUAGUGAGUGCAUCUGCGUCUGACUGUUGCUAUUCUGAGUCUUUUUAUUUCUCCAGUGAGGCAUUUUUAUGAGCUUUUUCCCAUGUGUUUACAUCACUCACAGAUGGAAUAAAAGUUAGGGGGGGAUGCCACACAAAGGGUCUCUGCUGGCUACAAAUUAUGGACGACAGGUAAUCAAUCGGCUGGUAUGAUCGGCUCUGAAAGGCAUUUAUCGUAGUUUGGCGAUCACGUUUUUCAUGGAGAUUGGCCAAUUUUGAUUGGUGGCCGAUCGAUUGGAAUUUGGAAGGAUAAUUUUCGCAGCUUUUAUUUUUUAUUUAUGAAGUCAUUUUGGUGGACAUUCCAUAUUUUCUGUGUGGCAAAAGAGCACCUCCACAUCAGAGGGGAGCUUGUUCAUUAGCUCACUCCGCUUUUGUUUCUGGCAAACCUUUAGCUACUUUUUUGUAUUUGUGCUGCUAACACUGACCUACAGAGUAAUUUCUUAGUAACACAUCAGGCGACAUCAACAGUUUGAUUAAAAGGUCACACCGGUGUGACCAAACUAGCCAUAGUUCUGUGUCUGCCUCAGGGUUGCAUGUGGAAUUGUCCGUUAAAAGUUGUAAAGAAAGCCACAAAUCCACCUUUAAUGUUGGUCAUUACAUCAGUAGAGCUUCUUGUAUGAUUGUCAGAUAUUUGGAAUGUACAUUUUGGUGUCUUUAGGAUCUGUUUUUGUUUUAAAAGAUUUGUUUUUUCAUAAUAUCUCAGCUCCUGCUAAGUCUGGAGCCCAUUAAACACUCCUCCCCCUUAUGAACACUUUUAACCCCCAACUCUUUUCUAUCAAGAUGCCAUAAAAUAAAGUUGUACCUUUUUAGACACCUGUGGAUUUUUUCCUUAUCAGACAAAAUGAUGAUUAUCCCAAAUCAUCGCCACAUUGUAAUAUGUAAAUAGUUUUUCUAUAGCAGCUGUGUGCUGUCACUUUGCAUACUGUAUAUUAACAGAAUCAGUAACCAAAGUUGAAGGGAUUUCCUUUGAGUUUUGCUACAUCCUCAAAUAGUUUCUUUACAUUUUCUUUUUUUGUUGUUGUUUCAUGUUGUCAGGUUUUCUUUUUUCAUUUUGUAAACAAAUGUAAAUUAUAUUUUAAUAUGAAGCCAAAAAAUGAAAAACAAAACAGAAAAGACACUUAACUGGAGCAGCAUUUGUCAAGUCCGAACCGUGACGUGUUUGCCUAUAUACUGUUGUUUGGCGACUUAGUAGUGAUUUGCAGUGUUAAAGGGGUUUAGAGGCUGGUUUCCACAACGUAUUUCUACACGUUCUGUUUGUCCUCAUACACACACAAAAGCCUGCUUAUUUCUGUGACUGUAACAAUGUUGAAACUCACAACGAAUGAAUCACCAAGCUGGGACUUUGUGUGAAGGCCAAUCGGAGAAGGACCUCAGUCCUAGGGCACAAGAUGUUAAAAUUAGACAUUGGCAAUUGUACAGUCACACUUUUUUUUGUGUGUGUGAGAAAUUUUAGCGCCUUUGUCAUUGUCUUGUCACAUAAGCACCAGGAUGUUGGCCACCUAUCUUCACAUUUAACUUGUGUAACAGGUCUGCAGUAACUGAUGAACAUUUCCAUCCUGACCAGACAGUUCUGUGUAAGAAUCGAGUCAGUAACACAAUGGGUUCUACUGUCAUUUCAUCUCCCGAGUCAUGGGCAGGGGGGGAAUGUACUCUUUGUCACUCAUUACUGUUCAAUGUGGAGAACAUAUUUAAAUGUGUGUAUGAUGCUGGGUGUGUCCACAAACCUCCCUGUCACUGACUGAACUGUUUUAUUUAUUGAACUGAGAACAAUAGAUUCUGUACUUGUGAAUGAUUUUUCUAUUUGGUUCCUUGGUUCAAUGUUCCUUGCCUUUCUGCAAGUCAAAAAUGCUGUAUUUAUUACACGCCACAGCGCUUAUGCAAUUGUAUAAUCCUUUUGUUGGGGUUAUUUGUUUUACUUUGUGUUUUUCUUUUUUUAACCUUUUGUGUUUCUUAUGAUCAGUGUAAAAUGUUGUCAAAACUUUUGUGACAGUGGAAAAAACUUCUAAGGGAGAUUUUUCUGUACUUUUUGGACAAUGAUAUGGAUUUUUGGGUAGAAUUUUGGAAAUUCGUUUCUAAGUGCUUUCAAGUAUUUACUUGGCCUUAUGUAUAUAUAUAUAUCUAUGACAUUUCAGAAACGUAUGUAUAGUAAUUCAAUCGGAAAUUGCUGUAAAUAAAUUAUAUAUUGUUAAAUC